CGCAAGCUUCAGACCGACGCGUCACCGUCGGAUUUUAUUUAUUUUAUAAUUUUGUGACAAAGAAAAUUGUGAUAAGUGUGAUUUUAUACACAUCUUGGUGAUAAUUAUUAGUGUUAAGAUUUGUUAUGUUAUUGUUGCACGGUGAAAACCUUAUCGAGCUUACCCUGCCUGCAGUGCGUGCCAAGCGCCCCAGAGUCCCAGCCAUUAGAUUGAGUGGAGUGUCCCCUGUGCCCGCCCACACGUAGCCCCAUACGCCGUCAAAAUUCCGCGAGACACGACGGACUCAUCCUCCAGCAUGGAACUGGAGAAAGGCCCCACUCUCCACGAGGAGGACUCCAAAGUCACCCUCACUAUCAGACUGAUUAUGCAGGGGAAGGAAGUGGGCAGUAUUAUUGGGAAAAAGGGAGAGAUUGUCAAAAGGUUUAGAGAAGAGUCUGGAGCCAAAAUCAACAUAUCCGAUGGAUCAUGCCCGGAGCGUAUCGUCACUGUUACUGGCAACACAAAUGCCAUAUUCAAAGCAUUCACACUCAUAUGCAAGAAGUUUGAAGAGUGGUGCUCUCAGUUCAACGAAAGCGGCGGCGGCGGCGGCUCACGCGCACCCAUCACACUGCGCCUCAUCGUGCCCGCCUCGCAGUGCGGCUCGCUCAUCGGCAAAGGAGGCUCCAAGAUCAAGGAGAUCCGUGACGUCACCGGCGCUAACAUUCAGGUGGCGAGCGAAAUGCUGCCGAACUCAACGGAACGAGCGGUGACGAUCAGCGGGACCUGCGACGCUAUCACGCAGUGCAUUUAUCACAUCUGCUGCGUCAUGCUAGAGAGCCCACCAAAAGGCGCCACGAUCCCGUACCGACCAAAGCCGAAUGUGGCGGGUCCCGUCAUCUUAGCCGGCGGCCAGGCGUACACUAUCCAAGGAAACUACGCCGUUCCAGCACAAGAUGCGGUGUGCGCGCCGGUGUUCCCGAUGCUGGAAGUGAAGCCGCCGCUGGUGGGCGCGCUGCCGCCGCACCACCUGCUGCCGCCGCCGCUGCACGAACACCACCUUAUGGGAGGGCUGGCAAAGUCGCCACUCGCCGGUCUGGCAGCCUUGGGCCUCGGAGGACUCGCGCCAGCAAACUCUGGCGGACUUAACCCAGCAGCAGCGCUGGCGGCGCUGGCGGGGUCACAGCUGCGCACGUCGAGCCAGGCGCGCAACCAGCCCGCCUCCAACCAGCAGUCGCACGAGAUGACUGUGCCCAACGAGCUCAUCGGCUGCAUCAUUGGCAAGGGAGGUACCAAGAUCGCAGAGAUCCGUCAGAUUUCCGGGGCUAUGAUCCGGAUAUCGAAUUGCGAGGAGCGCGAAGGCGGUAGCACCGACCGGACCAUCACUAUUUCCGGGAAUCCGGACUCCGUCGCGCUUGCUCAGUACCUCAUCAACAUGAGGAUCACGAUGGAGACGGCGGGGCUGCCGCUGCCCGGCUACCACUACAUCGCCCCCAACCACAUCGUGAAGGCACCGAUCCAUUGAAUGCAGCUCCGCGGCCAGCCCUCCGGCGCGCCGCACAAGCCCGGCCCCCGCCGCCCCGACUGCGCCUACUACGUGCUGCAGCCUGCGCCCGCGCACGCGCCCUACAGGGCUCUGGCUCCGAUCUACUUCUUCAAAUGAAGGACGUGACCAAACAAUCUCUAAAAUAAUAUGGGGGAAGCAAUUGGCAAAUCUCUAGAUUUAGCGAACGUAUGUUUACAUUUGUUACGAGUUUAUAAGUAUUUUAGAUAUUCUUAUAUUUAUUCUCCACUAUAUUUAAUUCGGGGCGGGAUUGUCGGUCGUAACUAGCCAAAUUUGAAGGGAUUUAGGAGUGUUGUAAUAGAGAAAAAAAAUUAAAAUGACUGACAUUUUAACAUUUUUGAUGAAUCCGUGGGUUGUGAACACGAUUACAUGGCCACGCUGGACACGGUUAAAUAAUAUUGUAUUGAUUUUGUUCACUGUUCACGGAUUAAGAAUUAUAACAACAGGAGUUAGCUAAGCUGAUCGAAUUUACUAUGGAUUUAAGCGGUCGAGUGUCUCAAUUAUCUAUUGGGUUUAUUUUCAAUUAUAGUUAAUCAUUAUUGACCACAAGAAAAUGUUCAAAAUAAGUUAACUUGAGCGUCGGCGUACAGUAGGUGUAGAUGCGUUACAAUCGACCUCGGAUCCGCUGAAUUAGCGUAGAAUUAGAGUGAGAGGGUUAAAGACAAUAUUUGUAAAUAAAAUAAUCGUAAUAACCUGGAAAUUAGGUAUUACAGUAACAGUUGCGCUGCCUGAGCGGGUCGGGCGCGUGGCUAUACGAAACCGAUGGGAUCAAAUCCUUUAAGAAACUAACAUUAUCGAGCAGAGACGAGAUGAACAUUCACUACUUAUAUAUCACUUAUAUCGUCAAUGAUCACAAGAGACGUUAGUGUAUAAAAUAGUGUUACUAUAUGUGAUAGUCUUCUAAUUUAUUUAACAUUGAAAUAUUAAGAUCUCUCUAACAUAUACACAAUGUGUACAUCGGCUACUGAAAUUUAAGUCAAAUAAUAUUGGUCUAGGGAUCAAAGCCAAAGAUUGUUAAAGUUUGUUUAACGUUAAUGAUGUUGUGGAUUUAUGCUAAAUUAUUCUGAGAAUAGUUAAUGUUUAGUAAUGUGGACAGUUUAUUUGAAUUAUUUUAUCGCCCUCUCCAGACUGCUCAUUGUACUUAGUCUUAGAUCGAAAAUAUAGUUAGUUCUGUGGUAAUCUACAUAUUUCCAAAAAAAUAUAAAAAAAAUGAUAGGUUAAAGUAGAUUAAGGUAAGGUUAGGACCAGUGUACUAAAUGCUUAUCAGAGACUACUCGCUUAAAGUAACAAGUGCCACAUGAUAAAGUUUGUGCCAAAAUGAGUAGUACUUCACAAUUAGGUCCUCAUAUAUACAUAUUAUUUUAUACCUACAUGUAUUGAUAUCUCGAGAAUUCCAAUUAGGACGUUGCGUGGGUGCCACCGCCAGGUAUUACAUUGAUGUGUCAAAUCAUGUCAAAAUGGAAAUUAAGACAAUCGGUGUCAGUUAAUUUGCACCAUAGAUUAUAAGAUACACGAUUAGACUUACAAAGUAAUCUCAACAUAUCCCCCUAACAUAUUUUCCCCAUGUCUUCCCCUUCGAUAUCUCAAUAAUAAAGUAUUGAAAGUAAUUAAUGAUUGUGCCAAAGUUGUGUCUAAAAUUAAUGUAUGAGUUUGAACGCGGCGAGACGUAGUAUACAUGUCGAAAUUAUUAAGUUUUCGUUUUCGUUGAUAUUGUCCAUUUAUAAGCUAGUCAAUUUGUUUUGAUGAAUAUACAAAACAUACAUUUUAAUUAUGCUAGUCAAAAUUUAUUUCAAUCAGUUGGUUCAUUAUGUUUAAAAAUAUAAUAUUUAUUUUUGUUCGUGUCUAUCAAAAUUAUAAAUGUUUUCGUGUGGUCUUGCAGUAAAUUAGCAAUAAAAUUUUGAUAAAAUCAAUUAUUUUAUAGUCUAAUAAAUUGCAAUUAAGACAAUGUAUAGAGCUUUGUACACUAAGUACCACACAGGUAAACAUAGUAUUAAUCUAUAGGAAAAUGUAAGUUACUAAAGAGAAGAGAUUUCUUAGCUGUGAUUGAAAUUUGGAGUGCACUUUUGUGCUGAUGCUACGUCAAAUUGUUGCGAAGUGAAGUCGAGGAGACGCAGUACCUAGUAGUGAUAGUGCACGCUUGUUAGAUCACAACAGUCGGCGCCGCGGGCGACGCGACGUACGCGCCCGCGGCGCGCACGCAAGACGGAAGGAAAUUUAUAUUUUUAAGAAGUAACAUCUAUAGGUAAUUGUAACGCAAAUACUUUCUGAGAAGUGUUACUUUGUUGGUAAUAUCAAUGCAUAUUAAAUUUAGUACAGUGCGUUUCACGUGUAACUGCUAUCAUAGUAUAGGUAAUCACGUGAAUUAUCGCGCAUUAUAUUUAGUUAAUUAUGUAUAAUCUAAUAAUCAUCACGUAAAACAAUAUUACAAUGUUUAUUAUACUCAUUUUAUAAUAGUUAUUAUGAUUCACUAUUGUUACUGUUAUUUUGAUUUGCUCAAUUUUCUCAAUAUUUAAGUAAGCUAGGCUUUGAAAAAUAAUUAUUUAGUUUGUUUUGUUGGUAUGUAAGAAUUUAAAAUUGUGUGUAUCUGCGAACAUUGUUUUUAUAUUUUUUUUCCUAUUUUGAGCUUCUCCGGGGUACAAAAUUAGUGUGGUCAGUUAAAGCUGUUCUCACAAUCAAGAGGCAGCGCGUGUAAAGAGCCAAGCUCAGUACCGUCGGGGUCCGCGCUCUGUGUUGCCAUUCUAAAGUGAACAUUUAAUGUUAAGUAGGUGCCUUUUGUUCUAACAUGCUUGUUAGUUUGCUUUCGACCGCGUUAUAAAUUAUAUUAGCCUUUAUUGACAGGGUCUGACUGCGCUGUACUAUAGUGUAAUUAAAUUCAAUUUUAGCAAAUAUGUAUGAAUAAUUAAAUGUAAAAGUAUUUUUUUUUUAGAAAUUUCCUGUUAGCACCUGAAUUUAAAAUUCUAUUGCACCAUUUUAAAAGUCCCUCUAUUACAUUUUGUGGCUUCUUAAUAUUGAAAUAUUGCCUAUGAUAAUCAAGUAUUUUGGAUGGAUUCUUCAGAUGCAGACCUUUUUGACUGUGGAAUAUUUACAGAAGAAAACAUAAUAAAAGCUAUAUAAAAUGAUAUUUUGCUAUCUUCGUAAUAAAGUUAGAUCCCCAUACAGGUUUGAGACGAUUGGGUAAAAAGGGUUGUGUAAUUUGUUAACCAUUUACAAUAAUCGAUAUUAUUAUAUUGCUUCAAUCCCCUUUAAUUAGAUACACUACUACUUACACAUAAUUAGACAUAAAUGGUUCAUCUUACAUUAUACCGUAGUAAUAAACCAGGGUAAAUAUGUAUAACAGUUACUUUCACUAUAAUUCUAAUUUUCACAAUCGUACCUAUAGUUCAAAUCGAUGUAUUCUAAUGCUUAGAAAGUAAAUAAUUUAUA